GUAGUACUAAUCAGCUGAAGUGCAAACGAAAUGUACGGGAUUUUACUAACAAUAGCUGAACUAUCGCGGCAGGACCCGGCGGUGUAAACCUUGGCUCGAGAUGAUUAUCACUGUUGAAGUGACACCCCGACCCUUGUGCAAAAUGGGGAAAAAGGGAGUGAGAAUGGAUGGAUGGAUGGUAGACGACUGGAAACUGAUCGUAUUCAUUUGGUAAGAGAUGUCAUGCAGAGACGGAAUGAGGGCAGUCCCGUGUUGCGUUUACACUUCCCUUUAAAGUGUAGCUCCUUUAUCACUUGGAGUGCAUUUAAGCCCUCUGUGCACAACUGUAGCACGACUGUCCACAAUCGGACCCCAAGGCUGAGAGGCUCAGAAGAACACGAUCCUAGCUUCGAUAUGCACGAUCAGAUUGCAUUCCUAGGGGCCGUGACUGUGUUAGCAGUACUGCAACAAGCUUACUUUUUCCUUCAAGUGAUUUAUGCAAGACGAAAAUAUAAGGUGCCUCCUCCCACAAUCUCAGGACCACUUGAGUUUGAGAGAAUCUUCAGAGCACAAGUGAAUUGCUCAGAAUAUCUUCCACUCUUCAUGGCUGUUUUGUGGGUCGCUGGCUUCUUUUUCAGCCAAGUGACAGCUGCUAGCUGUGGGUUACUGUAUCUCUAUGCACGUCACAAGUACUUCAAAGGAUAUUCAAAUUCUUCUCAAGAAAGGUUGAGCCCCAUAUAUUUCAGCAGUGGAGUUCUUUGGAUCCUGAUUGCUAUGUCUGGAAUUGGAGUCCUGAGUCACAUUCUGUCACCUGUUUUUGGACUUGAGAUUGCUGGUACACUGCUGACUAUGCUCAGAAAGUCCAUAAUUGGAUUCUGAGUGAUUUCUCUUCUGCCUUGAUGGAAGCAUUUCUAUCCACUUUCUGCAUUGCUUAAUCGAAAACAAUUCUGUUGAAAGCAUGUUAUUAAGAGGACUCAUGCCUUUUUUCUAGAAAAUAUAGUAUCAUUUGUAAGUGAGAGUUGAGUCUAGAAGAGUAACAUAUUUACUGUUUGCAGUGAAGGUGAAAAUAAAAUAUAUUUUCUGGUUUA